AUGAGCUUAUCAGAGAAGACGGCGGAGUAUAUUUCAACGCCACCUCUUCUUCUUCUUCCCCAAGACAUUGUGGUCGAAAUCCUCUCCAAGCUUCCUGUUAAAUCCCUAGUACAAUUCAGGUGCGUUUCUAAAUUCUUUUGCACUCUCAUAGCUGAUCAUGGCUUUGGCGUCCUAUAUCGCAGCUUGUCCUUGACCCUUCCCAGUAGGGCGGGAAUCCUCAUCGCUUUCAAACGUCAAAAGUGGUUCUGUGAUGACCCUCCCGCCCCUCCGUUUUACACCAUAAAUUUCAGCGAAGAAAACCCCCGGCGGCCGGGAAUGCUCCAAGCCAACCGUCUCGGCUACUUGGACUCUGAACCCUUUCUGACGGGCUGUCUACGCUCUUCCUCCGACGGCCUGAUUUGUCUGUCCAGACCCAGUGGAGACGUCACUGUUUGCAACGUUAGUACGGGACAUCGUAUUUACCUUCCGAGAAUCAAAUUCCACUCCCCCCGUCCAUUUUCACCCUGUGCAGUGUUGGGGUUCGAUUCACAAUCUAAAAGAUAUAAGGUUUUGAUGUCAGUCUGUAGGAAGGACCCAGCCUGUAAGAAGGACCUCACGCAAAUCCAAAGUUUGGAGUAUAAGCACUGGAUUCUGACGGUAGGAGUGGAUAAAUCAUGGAGGGAGAUCAACUAUUCUUCUCACCCCUUCUACCCCUUUGAAGGCUAUACCCACCCUGGCUUUUGCGAUCCUAGUGUCUACAUUGACGGCAUUAUAUAUUCCUAUAAUUGGCUGACGACUAGAGAUGACCCUCAUAGCUUCCACAUAGUAGCAUUUGAAGUUGGGUCCGAGAGUUAUUCUUUGAUACCAAUUCCAGUUGAAGUUCCAUCAUCAUCACAUUUUCAUUCUAUAGGUGCAUUUGGGGAAAAAUAUUACUAUUCUACUCUUGUUCACGACUAUUUUGCAUUGCUACAAGUUGAUGGAGGUCAACUGGCUAUUGUUUAUGUUUGGAGAAUGGGCCGCCUAAAUGUUUGGACUUGGGAGAAAUGUAAGGAAUGCUGGGAGAAGAUUUCUAUGCGCAUUCCACCAAAAGAGGGUAAAUACCUGCGGUGCACUACGAAUCAUGCUGGGGAGAUUGUUUUGUUAUGUACAAAUAGUACCGAACUUUCAAUUUUGGUUUGUAACUUGAAAAGUAAUGUUUGGAGAAAAUUUGAUGUAGGUGGAGUUGAGGAGGAGCUUCCAAUUGAUUUCUCUAGGGAUGUUAGAAUGUACAAGACUAUGGACAAUGUGUUUUCCAUGGAGUAA